GUUUCCGAGAGGACGAUUCGUGAGGAGGCUCUUGGCGCGGGUCCCCUUUGCUUGCCCUUCCGCGGGCCCUUCCCACACUUGAGCGGCAUCCAGAGGGUGGUCGGUUGUCGGCUACCUACCUGACUUUCUGCAGAGGUUCCUGCCCGUUGGCCCAGUAGUCGGCUGUCGAAAGUGCCGGCCCCCGCGCCGGCGCCGGCAGCAGCCGGGUGGGAAGGCUCAAGAUGGCGUGCCUGUUGGAGACCCCAAUCCGCAUGAGCGUCCUCUCGGAAGUAACAGCUAGCAGUCGCCACUAUGUUGACAGGCUAUUUGACCCUGAUCCCCAGAAAGUUCUACAAGGUGUCAUAGACAUGAAAAAUGCUGUAAUUGGAAACAACAAACAGAAAGCCAACCUCAUUGUUUUAGGAGCUGUUCCAAGAUUGUUGUAUUUGCUUCAGCAAGAAACAUCAAGCACGGAGCUGAAAACGGAAUGUGCAGUGGUAUUGGGAAGUCUUGCUAUGGGUACUGAAAACAAUGUCAAGUCUCUGCUGGACUGCCAUAUUAUCCCUGCCUUACUACAAGGACUACUGUCCCCCGACCUGAAGUUCAUUGAAGCUUGUCUCCGAUGCCUGCGUACCAUCUUCACCAGUCCUGUCACUCCAGAGGAGCUACUAUAUACAGAUGCCACAGUGAUACCACACCUCAUGGCGCUGCUGAGCAGGUCCCGCUACACCCAGGAGUAUAUCUGUCAGAUCUUCUCACACUGCUGUAAAGGUCCAGAUCAUCAAACAAUUUUAUUUAACCAUGGUGCAGUUCAGAAUAUUGCUCACCUACUAACCUCACUCUCCUACAAAGUUCGAAUGCAAGCACUGAAAUGCUUCUCAGUUUUAGCUUUUGAAAACCCCCAGGUAUCGAUGACCCUGGUAAAUGUUUUGGUUGAUGGAGAAUUGUUACCACAGAUAUUUGUGAAGAUGUUACAGAGAGAUAAGCCUAUUGAGAUGCAGCUCACAUCAGCAAAAUGUUUAACUUAUAUGUGUAGAGCUGGAGCAAUUCGGACAGAUGACAACUGUAUUAUAUUAAAGACGUUGCCUUGUUUGGUUCGAAUGUGCAGUAAGGAAAGAUUACUAGAGGAGAGAGUUGAAGGAGCUGAAACACUCGCCUAUCUGAUUGAGCCAGAUGUUGAGCUGCAGAGAAUCGCUAGCAUAACCGAUCACCUCAUUGCCAUGCUUGCUGACUACUUCAAGUAUCCCAGCUCAGUGAGUGCCAUCACUGAUAUUAAAAGGCUUGAUCAUGACUUAAAACACGCUCAUGAACUCCGCCAGGCUGCAUUCAAGCUGUAUGCCUCUCUUGGAGCAAAUGAUGAAGACAUCCGGAAGAAGAUCAUUGAGACUGAAAAUAUGAUGGACCGAAUUGUGACUGGCUUGUCUGAGUCUAGUGUCAAGGUGCGGUUAGCUGCCGUCAGAUGUUUGCACAGUUUAUCCAGAUCUGUACAGCAACUUCGAACCAGUUUCCAGGAUCAUGCUGUGUGGAAACCUUUAAUGAAGGUUUUACAAAAUGCACCAGAUGAAAUACUAGUAGUAGCAUCUUCCAUGUUAUGUAAUCUCCUUCUUGAAUUUUCUCCAAGCAAAGAGCCAAUUUUAGAAUCAGGAGCUGUAGAGCUACUUUGUGGAUUAACCCAGAGUGAAAAUCCUGCUUUACGAGUGAAUGGAAUUUGGGCUUUAAUGAAUAUGGCAUUUCAGGCUGAACAAAAAAUAAAAGCAGAUAUUUUACGAAGCUUGAGUACUGAACAGCUCUUCCGGUUAUUAUCAGAUUCAGAUUUGAACGUGCUGAUGAAGACAUUGGGACUUCUUAGAAAUCUCCUCUCUACUCGGCCUCAUAUAGAUAAAAUAAUGAGUACUCAUGGAAAGCAAAUUAUGCAAGCUGUCACCCUUAUUCUGGAAGGGGAGCAUAACAUUGAGGUCAAAGAGCAGACUCUCUGCAUCCUAGCCAACAUAGCAGAUGGGACAACAGCAAAAGAACUUAUUAUGACUAAUGAUGACAUCCUGCAGAAAAUCAAAUAUUACAUGGGUCAUUCGCACAUCAAACUGCAGCUUGCCGCUAUGUUUUGUAUAUCAAACCUCAUAUGGAAUGAAGAAGAAGGUUCACAAGAACGCCAGGAUAAAUUACGAGACAUGGGCAUUGUAGAUAUUCUACACAAACUGAGCCAGUCACCAGAUUCCAACCUUUGUGACAAGGCAAAGACGGCACUGCAGCAGUACCUGGCAUGAUGGGAGCGCCGGACACCUGUGAGCAUCCACGUCCUUGUUUAAGGAAGUACAGGAACUAGCCUCAAUUGAUUCCUUCUAUUUGCACAAGUCACCUUGGACUGCAGGGAGCUGUUUUGCAAAAGCAAUUUAGUAGGCUUAGAUCUCAAAUUCAUCUUGAGAACAUUUUUUUGAGGUAGUAAUUUCCUCAGAGGACUAUUGUGUUUUGUUUUGGUUUUUUUCUGAGCUACCUGAACUCUUUAUUAGAACAAUCAAUCAUUUUUCCUUUGGACCUACAAUUUUUUGCCUAUGCUGCAGCCACUUUGUGAGUGAGAAUGAGUGUGUGUGUGUGUGUGCGCACACGUGCACUCGCGUGCUCGUGUGUGGGUCAGAAUGAGUGGAUGUGUGGGUGAGGGAUACCUCAGAUUUUUCUUUUCUUAUUUUGUGUGAAAAUCUCUUUUCUACAGAUUUUCCAGGGUUUAAGCAUUGCUUGCUGUAUAAAACAAAAAACAAAAAAAACUUUACUGAAUUAUAUACAGUUUGAAUGAAAUGUUAUUUUAAAAACAAAACAAUUGUUUAGUGUUCCAUAAAGGUUAUGUUGAAUUUUGGUCAGAUGAAUAUUUGUAAGUAAAAAAAUAUAUGCAUUUCUGAACCUCAA